CCAUGGCUCCCCUCACAAUGCGCGGGGUUGCAAUCGGGUGCAGAUCGCUUGCGCUGUCGUGCUCGGCGUGAUCGAGUUGGAGUGAUGCGAGUGCAAUCGCAGUGAAGUGGGAACUGUGCUGGCGCCGCCUGGUGUUGUCGCGUGAACUCGGAAUGGGAUACGUCAAGAUCUGCAGCGCCUGUGCUGGUCGCGUGACCGAAGGUGCCGCUACUGAAACCGGGUUUUUCAUCAUGGAGAGCUGUCUCGUCCAACAAGUUGAAGUUCCAUCGCCAGCCACUGCACAUGCCGGCUUGCCUGAUCUGGUGGCGUCCUGUCGCGGAGCUGUGAAUCUUACUUCAAACAACGACUCCACUCAGUGCACACCCGUCGUGAGCCCAGAAGACCUCAAACUGAUUGGCCGUAGGCUGCGGUACAUCUCGGACAGCUUCGACUGGCGAUCUAGCGUGACCAGGAGAUGUGAACAGACAGUCCUCAACGACUGGUUCUCGGAUUUCCUGACGGCUUGCGUCUCCUCCGUACUGGAGUGGUGGAAGACAGCCACGUGAAACUUGCAUCGCGAAUCUCGUGAACUCUGGUCCAUUGAACUUUGGAAGGCUGCUUGCCCGUGGACACUAUGGUGAAUGCUACUCAACGCGUCUCAGUGCUCUCAAAACGUCACUCGGUGCCCGGGCCUCCAGUGGUGACAACGACGGCAUCUCGUCAUUUUUGCGAACGUCGUCGGCACUCAGCUGCGAGAAACUGUCAUGCGUGUCUGCACGUAGCGGACGUGGAUAAACGCUGCCAGAAUAUAAGCACUUGUAAACUAUAUUUUUGUACAUAUUUCAUACAUAAUUUCUUCGAAACUUCGAGAAGGUCUCAAUUCUGCAAUAAAAGAAAUCACGUGAACUGCU